AAUAACCAUCACAGUAUAAUGAAGUUGUUAUGUAAAAUUUGAAAGGACUUUUAAAAUUGUGUACUGAGUAACUUUAAUAAAUAAAGUAAAUUUAAUAGCAUUGGUUCAAAGAAGAACAUUUCAGAUGAAUUGUGUAUUGGUUAGAAAGAGCAGUGUGGUAAAGCUUAAACAAACAUGGGAUGCGAAACAGAGGUACCUCCCGAAGACCCGGAUAUAGAGCAACACCGUGUAGUUACCAACCCUGAAACAGAGUGCCACACUGAACAUAAUCGACUUGAAUUUGUGAAUUCCAAAAUGGCAACCGCAAGUGACACACAUUUGGGGGCAAAAUCUCAUGGACCUGUUGACGUAGUGGAUGAAACGUUAAAUGACAAUAAAGCUAACAUGGAUGAUAAAGGGAAGAAGUCUGAAGGGCAGACGGAAAAUCAAGAAGUAUCAUACAUAAACAAAGACGGCCUUGCUGAUCAAAGUGGUAUUGUAAAUACAGGCAACUCAGAUUCAAAUGAGGCUGAAACAGCAGUGGCUAACCUUACUGAGAAAUUAAAUGCAACUGUUAAAGUGAAAAGUGAUGCAAUUGAAAACGUAGACGAUCCUAUAAAAUGUUACAUACCAGAUGAAGGGGCCACCGGAGGUGUGGAUCCCUCAAAUGAAAGUGUCCGAAUAGAAGUAUUAAAUAACUUAGAAAUAUUGAAGGAUCGAUUGAAAACGGCGACAGAUAUACCCUCUAUUUUACUAGAUGUUUCGCUGAGUUGUCUGAAACCAAGUACAAUAGAAUAUAUGUCUUAUCACCUUGACCCGCAAAGUGACGUCAUGUCACCUGAUGAUAAACUGAAAGACUAUCGGGGAAUGGCUGAAUGGAUUGGUCUCGAACCUGUUUUCAUUAAAUACAUAUCUCGUUCGCCAUACAUGCUCAAGACGAAGGAGGUAUUAAGUAAAUGGCUGACACUGGAGGAAGAGCCAUUGCCGACACUGAUGAAUCUCAGAUCAUGUCUCCUGGCAAUAGAUCGUCCAGAUGUCCUCGAAGACAUGUCCGUUAAAAUUGCUUUAGACGCAGUCACAUGGAAGAAGACACAAUUAGAAGCACAAACACAAGCAAUAGCCCGUGUCGAGGAUACAUCAUGGCAGCUUACACGGCAUGAUGUUGUGUCCGGAAAGAAGACUAUGUACACAGCGUGCCUGCUUUACGCCGACGAAGAUGAGCUGAUGGCUCAAGUGAUCACCAAACUGUACAAGACAGCGUACAGAAACGCAUUGUUUUUCCUGCCACAGUUUGAUUUAAAGCAAGGAAAAUAUGUGUUGGAUACGACAGCAAGGGUAAUUGAUGAAAGGUGUGAUAAAAAGGUGAUAUUUCUGCUCUCAGAGUAUUUCUACGCUUCGAAUAUAUGUCAGUUUGCAGUCAACUACGCCGCUGCCCAUGGUACUGGAAACGGCAAUUUGAUACCUUUCCAUCUAACAAGAAAUGUCACAACCGUACCAAAUGUUCUAAAAGGAAUAGCCGGUAUCCGCUGGUUCCGGAAAGGAACCCGUCAACAUACGUGGCAGGUACUUACGGACUGCCUUUUAGCAGAAAAGGUAAGAAGCGAAGAGCUUCUUGAUGAGAUAAAAGGGGAAAUUGAAAAAAUGGUCAUGAAAGACCCGGAAUAUUAUCUACAAGAUCCACCGUAUGAUGAGGAUAUAGCUCCUCCCGGAAGUCCUAUUGAAGUUAUCGAACCUCCUGGCAACGAGAUGUUGCCUUCACCGGAGGAUAUAGAAAUGCAGAGAAUAAAAAUAGAGGAGGAGAUGCAAAGGAAGAAAGAAAAGGAGAAAAAAGCGAAGUGGAAGUUAUUGAAACAGAUCAAAAAAGCAAUUUGCGAAAAGAUUAUUCCCCAAUCGGUAAGCUUUCGUCGCAGUGAAGCGAAGAGUUCUUCAGCAACCGCAUCAUUAUCACGAGAAGCAGCAGUACCAACAAAAACAGCUGCAGAAUUAUCACCGUCACCAACAACAAAAUCGCCAAUGACUGAAAUGAUGCCUGCCAAUGCCACAGAGACACCUGCUAAACCUUCAGAUGACAGUAUUGACAAAUUAACCUCUGACGAAGGUGAACUCGGCGCAUGUGGAGGAAGUGACGUAAAUUUGACGGAAAACGAUCUGAAUGAAAACUUGUGUCUAACACCUUCGAAACAGAAUAAAAACAAAUUUAAUAUUUGUGAAUCAGAAAGUAUGGUGCUGCGUGCAAACUCUGGCGAAAGCGGACUCGGUGCGUGCGGAGGGAGUGACUCAAGUUUAACACGAAACGAUCUGAAUGAUAACUUGUAUUUGAAACCCGAACCGUCUUCUCAGAAUGAUGAUGAAUUGAAUAUCUCUGAAACAGAAAACAUGGUAUUGCGUGCAAAGACGGACAAUCUCAUAGAAAAGAAUCGCUCGACAAGUGCCAGAUCGAAUGUGAGUGAAUAUUAUUCAGCUGAUUUGUCCGUUGAAGAUUCUAUUUACAGUAACAAAACAUUGGACACUAAUGGGGAGAGCAAACAGACGAAUCUUACAGUUAAACCUGGCUUUUCAUAUGAAAUGAAGGUAAUUAAACGCAAGUCAGAUGAAUCAGAAAAUGAGACUUUGAUAAGUAAGGAUGUUAAUGAAGAAGUCAAAUGUGAUGCUGCAACUAAUGGUUUACAAGAAACAGAUGCGUUAAUGUCCAACUAUAAUCAAACAUAGAUGUCAUAACAUUAUAACAAACUUAGUAAACUAUUGCUCUCUGUUUUUUUCAGUUUGGAUUUACGCUGCUUCAACCGAAUUCUUAUUAAACAAUUACUUAUCGAGUGUCUGAUACCAUAAGUGGUUUGGAUACUGCUUAGUUCACUGUAUGUUUUCUGUUUAGAAUUUACCACGCCGUCUUGUAUGAGCGCAUUUUGUCACCGACUCAAAUCACUUUCAGUCAGUAGAUUUUUAAUCAUUUUUUGUUUUUACCUAAGCUUUUGUGAACUCUGUGGAUUUCCAAACAUUUUCAAUAUGAAACUUGUAACUGUUGUAGUGAAUAUUACUUAUAUAUUACAAAAAUACUCAUUCUCACGCAUGUAUAACAUAAAUAGCCUGUCAUAUUUUUAUUGGUAAUCAUGGAACCUCUUUGCGUUCAGUCUUAGCUCGCUUGAAUUCGGCAAACCUCGCCACAUUCCGUACCUUCUUUUGUUUUAAAAUAGUGUGUUGACAGUGUUUUGCAAUUUGAAUUUACAUCGACCUUAUUUCGGCUGCUUUGUAAAUUCCAAGAAGAUUAUUAUGAACAUAAUAGUGCGGCACUACAGUAAAUGUACUUUUUAAAAUGCGUCACUCUAGGUUAUCGAUCAUGUUCUAGACUCAGAAGCUAGAGAGGUUUUUAGUUCGAAUCUAGGUCGAAUCAUUUUUGUUUAAAUUGACUAAAUGAAAAUUCAGAAAAUCACAUUUUGCUUCAUUUUAUCUUAGUUAUUGCUGACUAAAUUUUAUUAUUUAUUGAUAGUAUGAACUUCAUACUUGGAUUAAGACAGAAAAAGACAAACUAUCCACCAAACCACCCUAUGGAAAUACCGGGGAAAACCUAAUGUGUAUGAAUAAAAAAGGAUUCAUUUGUAUUGAGUACUUGAACAAGCAACCCCGGGGUAAUAAGGUCGUAAUACAGGUCAUUUAUUAAUGAAGUACAUUGUAUGCCGAAGUUGUAUUAAAACAAAUGUCUGGACCAUUAUAAUUCGAGGAAAAUGACCAUGAUUACUUCCGAAGAUUUAUCAGUGACAGGUCAAUGUUAUCGGAAAAUACACGCCGUGUUAUUGUAUUGGCGCUUAAUUUAUUUUAAAAUUAAAAGAAAGAGGCAAAUUUGCCGAUUAUGACCAAGUUUACUUUCUGUCAUAUUAUAUGCUCAAUUUGACUAAAGUUCAGAUCUAUAUAUAUUUCUUACAUGCAUGUACUUAUUUGUAGCGUUAUUUAGGUACUGAUUUCAAACAGAUUGAUUAUAUGCUAGUUCAAGAUAGAAAUACUUGUUGAUUGAUCUUUCAGACAGUAUAUAGUUUCUCAUGAUUUCAUUACUGUUAUCUAUAUUGUUUCAACUAUAUUGCUUUGCAUGUAGUUUUUCUUUUAAAUAAAAGUGCAAUUGAAGGCAAAUGAAUUUAA